GUCAGCGUCAUUCACAGUAAAAUGGAGAGAACAGCCAAGCCUGACAGUUCACACUUGGAUGUACCCUUACUGUCAAUGGAUGUGCCCUGAGACGUCCUUUCCUCUGAAGCCUCACUAGUAUCGACGGCUGGAUCACAGCUGGAUCAGCGGUCAGUUUUUAAGUUUAGCUGCUUCAUGAUAUUUUCUGCAGUGACAUUACUGCGUGCAUGGAAACGUUUAAAGUGACAGAAAGCAUCCUCACCAGUAAAGUAAGAAAACACUCAUCGGCUACAUCAAUACAACACAGAAUAGAUAAAGAAAUCACCUGAAAGCUCGCGUUGCUCGACAGAGGAAGCACAGGACUAAUUUCUACUGGCACCCUUUAUAUUAUUUGUUCAUUAUGUGGAUCUGUAUGUAGUGAGAUUGUGACUGGAUGGAAAUGACGACAGACUUCCGUGAAAGCUGAACUAAGGGCUGAGACGAGAGUGCUAGUGGGCGAUCGUGGAAAUAAGCGACCUAACGGGACAAGUGAAUCCAAAGCAGCUGCGUCAUAUGGCCGUGUAAGGUCCAUACCAGCAUAAAGAGAAACGUAGUAAUGGGUGUGGUCACUAUUUGUGUAAUUUCUAUGAUAACCUAUGGACACCGUGUUUCUACUAUGGUUUUAUUGAUGUCAACGAUGAUCCUGAGCUCAGUUACAGAAGCUCUCCAGGUGACUGGAGGAAACAUGACCGUGGUCCAAGGAGGGACCGUUGUCUUACCCUGCAAACUCACUGACACCACCGAGGACCUCAAUCAGAUUUCAUGGCAGCGGAAGACCAAAGAAAGACCUCGGAAUGAAAAUUUCUUUACCAUCGUACAACAAGCUGGACCAAAGUUUGUCAAUGGAGAGGAUCUUCGAUUUAAAUUUGUUGGGAGCAUGAGUGACCUCAAUGGAUCUCUCCAGCUAUCCAGUGUCACUUUGUUGGACGAAGGCAUCUACACGUGUAUCUUCACUUUGUUCCCCAGCGGAAACCACAUCACAGAGAUACCUCUAAACGUUCUUGUGCCUCCGGUCUCAAGCCUGAAGGAUAAUCAUCCUGCUUUGGGUAAAGAGGAGGUUUCCCUAGGUACCUGCACAGCUGCUGCUUCCAAACCUCCUGCACAGGUGAAGUGGGUAAUUGGUCCUCUGGAAGGAAAAGUGAAUGCAAUAACCAGCUCCACCAAGCAUGACAACGAUACGACCACCACAGUCAGCUCGCUGUUGGGAGUACCAACCAGAGAAAUCAACCAGCGUUUGGUCCAUUGUGUCAUCACCAGUGCAGCCCUGUCGAAAGAAGAAACCCUGCCCUUCACCAUUCAGGUCUACUUCGCACCCAUGGAAGUGAUCAUUCAUGAACGAACCAAAGACACAUUUGAAUGUGUGACUGAAGCCAAUCCAAAUGCAGACAUUACCUGGAGCAGAUCUGACAACUCGUGGCCUCAGUCUGCUGUCAGAAUGGAGGAUGCAACGCUACAGUUUCUGAGCAUGACCUCUAACCUGAAUGGCCUCUACCAGUGUGAAGCAUCUAACACUUAUGGAACAAAACUUGGACACCUCUAUGUGCAUGUGUCUUCAGAGUCCUGCACUGCUGGUUGGACCUUAUUUGGUAUUUUGCUUUUCCUGAAUGCUGCUAUUGCUGCUGCAGUGUGGUAUCUGUAUAAAUCCGGGAAAUUUCAAAGUAUGGGAAAAGGUACAAGCAAAAGGACGCCGGAAGCUGCGGGCAGGGAUCAGGAAAGUGAAGAACAAGCAGAAUCUCUUUGACAUCCUUGGAAGCAACAAGAUGGAGCACAGGUGACUGAUUUACAGGGUCCACAUCAAACAACCUUCCUCACUCAGCUGGUUAGUGAGAUGAAGCAGUCAUCAACCGUUCAAUCAAAUGUCAUUACUUUGGUAAUGUUGUUGUGGAAAUUUCUCUGCUGCUGGUGAAGAAUGAAAUAGAGAACUUCUGCCGUCCGACAAGGUUUUUAUUUUCUUUGCAAAGAAAAGGUCAAUCAACACGCGAGCGGUCAAAGAUGAAGAAAGACCCCAAACAUGGGGAGAUCUAAACAUUUAUACCUGAGGACCACCUCUUUCACACCCCUUUGUCUGCUGUAGGGGUCUGGCCCUCCAGGAAGUGCUUUCACACCCCUCUGCCCACUGCAGACAUCGGGGCCGACCCCCUGCUGGUGUGUUUUACAUAUGAGGUGUCCUGCAGGAUCUUGCAUUCAGGGGGGCAUGUAGGAGCACGAGUGCAUGGAAAUAUUAGCGCGAAGGGUCUUGCAUCACCAGUUUCUUUUUCUGGGAAGUUAGGGGAGGGAAUACCAACACCUGAUUGGUUUACAAGCAGUUCGCUUCGCUCGUGUUUUAAUAUUUUCUGGUAUAUCUAAGAGUUACCCAGGAGCUCUGUUGACAUAGGCUUAGCUAACGUUAGCUACAGCUUGAUGAAUUGAGUCAUUGAACACAGCAGGAGAGAACGCAACGUUAGCCAGCUAAAGCUAGGGUAGACAAUUAUUAUCUAACGCUAUCGUUAACGUUAGCCUAACAUUAGCUAGAUAUUGUUACUAAAGUUAGCUGCUAGCUUGUAUAGCUAAGAGUUAAUCACAAAAAAGAAAUAAUAAAAUGUAUUAAAAUCUGAAUGACAUAACAUUGUAUUGGCUGUCAAUCAUGAUGGAAGAGUAGACAAGUUAAGUUACAGCAUGUCCACCAUCUCUUGUGGGGGUUAUGCAUUAAGCCAUUUGUGGUGCUUUUACCACAUUGUGCCUCAUAUACUGUAAAUGUUAGACCCAGGGACAGGCUGGCAUGAAAUGGCUUGCAUAAUACUGAGUAAGGAGGCCAUAAUAUUUUUGACUCAUGGCUGAAGUUAAGUUUCUCCAGCUCUCCCCAGGUUGGCAAAAAAUGCAUCUCAAAAUGCAUCACAUUGAUGCUUUAAAAUAUGGAAUAUCCAAAAUGUUCUGAUGCUGAUAAUAGCAGAGGAUUAUGAAGUAUAUUGACAUGAUAUUCUCUAUUUUGAUAUUCCUUCUAAACUGAUGUUAUGUGUUGGGCAGGUUUUAAUCUUUCCAACAUCAGUGUUACACAGCUUUUGUAUUUUGAGCUCUAUGUUCUGGGUAAACUUACUGAAGACAGACUGACCUCAAAGUCAGCCAAAAUAAGACGACAUGUUAAAGUUCAAAGGUUAAAAUUAAGUUCUGUGUUACAAAUGCUGCAGAAAAAAUAUUUUUUCUAAAAUGAAUACAAAGUGUUGUUACUGCAUAUUCUUAUAAGAACAUCAUAAUCAGUCAAAUUCUUGUCAAGACAAUCACUAUGAACCGGUAUGGAGCUGCUAAUAGCGCUAGAGGAAACUUUAGUGGACCUCUAAAGUUAUCAGGUUACUUGGUUAAUCAUGAGGACCAUAAAGUUCCAACCUAAUGGGGGUGCAAUAAAAUCCGAGGAUAGAGACACUCAGGUCCAUCCGCUGGGGACCCUGAAUGCGGUGGACUAACAAAUCCCCACCAUUUCUAGAUCUGUUUUUAGAUUUAUAAAGUGUCAAUCAUAAACCUGAAACCUGUCUGUUUAAUGUUGUCCUUCCCUUUCUGGGCUUGGAGUAGAGUAGAUAAGUAGAUCUCCUUUACUCAAUGUAAAUAUGGCAAGACAGUAAACACACACCUCAAACCAACAAACUCACUCUCUCUCAGGCCUCAGAAGAUCAUCAUCAAAACACUGCACUGUAGCGCUUCAAAAUCUCCACAGGGGAGUAAGGGAAGACUAACAGGGAGAAGGUGGGAGCGGUGGUAGGUAGGGAUUGUUGAUUUGCUAUCAUCAUCAUUAUUUUAUUUAAUACUUACUAUUACUAUUUAUUAUUUUGUUUGGAUGUCUCCUGCGCGUGCCUUUUGCUUUUCCUAAUAAUUGUAUUGUCUAUGAAAAUGUACUGAAUGUACUUAUGUAAUGUUUGUGAAACAUGCAAUAAAAACAUAAGUUAACAUGGCA